AUUGAAGUUUUUUCGGAAAAUUCCGACUUUUCUAUAUAACGUUAAGGUUAAUUGUAAUAUGUCUAUUUUAUCUAAGAUUUACCCAGUUCUACGAGUUUCUAAGUGUAUAGAAAUAAUUCCUACGACAGUUAAUCUUUCGAAUUCUAAUUAUAUCCGUUGUUAUUCGACUGAUAAAGGAAGCGGUUUAACCAAAAGCCAAGAAAGAGCUGAUGUUUCUACAGAUGUUCGACCUCUAGGAGAAAAGAUAAAAGAAACUACAAAAACUGUUUCAUACACAGGUGUUAUUUUAGCCGGUAUCGGAGUAACCGGCGUUAUAUUCUACUAUGUAUUUCGUGAGCUAUUUUCCAGCAAUAGCCCUAACAGUAUAUAUUCAGUAGCUCUCGAAAAGUGUAAGAAUGAUCCUAGAAUUGAAGAUGCUUUAGGCGCUCCUAUUAAAGGUUAUGGUGAGGAAACAACAAGAAGACGGCGAACACAUGUUAGCCAUGCUGUUUACGAAAAGGAUGGGGUUAAGCACAUGAGGAUGAGGUUUUAUAUUAAAGGCAUUAGGAACAAAGGCAUUGUUGAAUUGGAUAUGAAACAGAAUGAAUAUGGGAACUACAUGUGUCGCUAUCUAUUGGUACAAUUAGAUGACUUCACUGGAAGAACAUUUAUUGUAGAAGAUAACAGAGCUGAGUUAGACCAUCAAAAAUCAGAUUUCGGAAGCCAACUGCCCACCCUUACUUUGACACAAUAAUUGUGUUGUUUUAAAGUUAAUUGUAAAUAGAA